UCUCCUUGUGUGAGAUCCAGUAGCGCUGUUCGUUCGCUCCAAGCUCUUCUGCGUUUGCGGGGUAUCCCACCAGCAUGUACAGUCCAACGGGUAUGAUAGUAGCUCCAUCCAGUGAUUUUUCAAAGGGAAACUCCACAAGUACCAGCGAUGUGUUGGCAUGAUUUUCCUGUAGGGUAUCCUCCACGAUACGCACCGUAGGAGCUGCACUCCUCUCACCAGGCGGUCCACGUUGUCCAGCUUCUCCAACAGGCCCUUGCAGACCUUGCUCUCCUCGUACUCCUUGCAGACCUUGUGGACCCGGGGACCCUUUCAGUGACGCAGUAACAACCCACUCGGUAUCGUUUAGCUUUUCGUAGACGAGUCCACUGUCAGAGUUGUGGAAAAAGUCACCCACCCUGCCAUCAUGCGUGUUCAUUACUCAUCACCUUCUUUCGUUGCCCUCUAGCCUGAACUGGCAUGUUCUUGAGGCAGCUAUCCUUUAGCCUCGUCUUCGAUCGUGAUGUAUAAAAGCAUCCUGUCAUAGCAAACCGCUCAUCAGUUAUUGCCGAAGAAAAUGAAGCGGAGACUUGAGAACGUAGAGGAAGGGGGGCCCUCUCCGAGAGCACCCAGAGAGUCGCGAAUGAAUCUCCAGCGCAGCGCACCGCGUGGAUACUAGAAAGAGUAUCGCGCCGAGCUGAAUGAAGACGACAUGGAUGUGUUGAGCGUGCUCAACGACCUGAUUCCGGAUAUCACGGAAACAAUGGUGCACGAGCUGCAGACGCAACAGUACAAAGCCGUGCUGGUGGCCUGCGUACAGAUGGAGAAGGUCGACGCGACCGGUUGAUCCACCGUCACCUCUCCAUUUUUCCGGAGUAAAGCGCAGACUGUGCAUCAAGCCUUGGAAGUGGAGGACGUACUGAAGUCGUCCAUCGACCACAUUAUUCAGAAGCUGGAAGCCUGGAUUCGUGAAGGAUCCGGUUGGGUCGUAAUCCAAGUGAAGAGCGUCCACUUGGACAUUGCUCGCUACCGACCGAUGCGCAUCUCAUCCUAUCUGCCCCUACCAAAAACUAUAGCCGCAUCGAGAGCAGUCGUCAAAGUGAGGAACCGUGACGAUCAAUGUCCGAAGUGGGCUGGUCUAUGAGCACUACACCCGGCAGCCGAUCACGUUGAUCGAGUGACCAACUAUAUGCCGUAUGCUAACAAUCUCGAUGUCACGGACGUAGAUUUUCCGGCUUCUCUCGUCGACGUUUACAAGGUGGAAAAAGCCAAUGACUUGUCCAUCAACGUCUUUGGAUAUGAGGAUGAUCUUUACCCACUCAAAUUGACAGGCGCAGACGAUGCCAUCAACCUGCUGGUCAUCCACGACGAUGGUGUCAACCACUUUGCGUGGAUUAAGAACUUCGGUGCGCUGUGUGCCCAUCAGCGGAAGAAGAAGGCAAGAGUGCAUUUCUGCAUGCGUUGCCUCCCUUCACACAACAGUGUCGAGACGCUCGAACGACACCAACGGUACUGCAAAGAUGUAAAGUUUGCUGCCGUUGAAAUGCCCGAGCCGGGCGAAAAAUUGAUGUUCAAGGACAUCGUCAAGGUGAUGAAAAUGCCCUACGUCAUCUACGCUGGCACCGAAUGCCUGGUGAAGCCAUGUUCGGCGCAGCAUGGUCACGAGCCGUUCGAGAUGCUGAGCAUGUUCCGUGUGGCGUGUCAUACGUCACAGUGAGAACUGAUGGAAGGCUGAUGAACCGCUUCAUGUACAGAGGUAGUAUCACACCUCCAUCGAAUGACUAGUCUGACUUAGAUCAAUCAACAGCAUGUUGUAUGUUCAUAAGCCUGAUGAUGAUGAUGAUGAUGAUGAUGAUGAUGAGUGCUGUCUUUGCAAUUACCUGUAUACCUGCAUUAUACAACUAUUGUGUGUGUGUGUGUGUACUUGUUCUUGUUUGUUGCUUUCAGGGCCGGAUGCGAUAAGCACGUUGUUCGAGGCACUUGCAGAGGAGGAGGAGGAGGAGCGCAUCAAAGACGAUCUGGUGGAGCGUGACAUGAUCAUCACCGAACAACAGCAGGGAGAGUUUCGCAACGCCUCGGAGUGCUGGGCGUGUCAUAGGCCACUCGGCGAUGAUAGGGUACGUGAUCAUGAUCAUAUCAUGGGUCUGUAUCGUGGAGCAGCGCAUGCAUCCUGUAACCUUAAGAUGAGGAUUGUGCGGGACACUCAGAUCAUCCCGGUCAUCUUCCACAAUCUCAAGGGUUACGACGCUCACCUGCUCAUAUCUAGCAUUGGACUCACCGCUAUCGAAACCGAGCGCUAUGUUGAUAGAACCGGACGGACGCGAGCGUUCAAGAAGGGAAAGAUUGGUGUGAUACCGAAUAACAUGGAGCGCUACGUGUCCUUCACAUGGGGACACUUUCGCUUCAUCGACAGCCUGGCCUUCCUGAAUACGUCUUUGGAGAAGCUGGUGAGCAACACGCCACGUGAUUCCUUUGCACACCUCUCAUCCCUGGUGGCACGGCAUGCAACUCGUAUGAACAGCAGCAGCAGCAAUGAGGAGCUGUUCGACCUUUUGCGUCGCAAGGGUGUGUAUCCGUAUGAGUAUAUGGACGACUUCACCUGUACCCCCGAGUCACCACGAUCGUCUCAACGACUAUCCCCCGGCUCCAGAGUGCGUGAGCAUCGCGGAGGAUUUGCUCUCACCCUACCAGCAAGAUUUCCUCGAACAGACCCCGGUCAGCGGUUUAGGAGUGGCGAAACUCGUACCGCAUCUGAUGCCAAAGCAUAGAUACGUCCUACACUACCGCAACUUGCAGCUCUACCGCCAGCUAGGACUAACCAUUGGUACAGUCCACCGAGUCUUGAGCUUCACUCAACAGCCCUGGAUGAAACCCUACAUUACCCUUAACACGGAGAGACGCAGAACCGCCCACAACGACUUUGAAAAGGACUUUUAUAAACUAAUGAACAACGCGGUGUUUGGGAAAACAAUGGAGAACGUCAGAAGGCGCCACAACAUCAAACUGUAUCGAGACGAGGAGGAGGAGGAGGAAGACAGCAUCGUCAAUGCCAUUGCCAAGCUGACGUGCGUUCGUCAUGUGCUGUUCGAGAACGAACUGGCAGGUGUCGAGAACAAGAAGACCAAGGUCACGCUGUGCAAACCAGUCUACGUGGGCAUGUGCGUCCUGGAACCUAGCAAGGAGCUCAUGUACCGGUUCUACCACCUGGAGCUCAAAGCCCGUUACGGAGAUCGAGUGCAUCUUCUGUACACAGACACGGACUCGCUUGUGCUGCAGUUCAACACCGAAGAUCUCUACGCCGACAUGGAUGCUACGCUAGAUCUGUGUGACACCAGCAAUUUCCCCACGGAUCACCGUCUGCGCAGUGACACCAACAAAAAGUCGUCGGCAAAUUUAAGGACGAACUCGGCGGAAAGCUCAUGACCGAGUUUGUAGCACUGCGCAGUAAGAUGUAUUGCUACGACGGAGAGGAGAGUGGACGGCGAGCAAAGGGUGUGAAGAAGACUGUAACUCGCAAGUUUACGAUCCAGGACUAUCGACAGUGUUUGCAGACGAAGAAGGCGACGCAGCAUCCCAUGACCAACUUGAGGAGCCAUCGUCAUACCAUCUUCACCGAGACCACCACCAAGCUAUCGCUGUCACCGUUCGAUAGCAAGCGAUACAUACUAGCGGAUGGCAUAUCAACGUUGGCCUACGGUCCUGGACACUUCAGGAUUUAGAAAAUUUUGAGAAACGUGUCAUUAUCAGGCAUUUUUCCUCUCUGUACAUACAUCACCUUUUUAUUUUCCGAGUACGCUACAAGUCACUUGCAUGUUUGCAUACAUGCGGCUCUCCUCUGCUGCCUCCACUGCCAACCACUCCAGCCCACUGUAAACACUGUCCUACUGCUGCUGCUGCUUGCAAUGCUAUACGCCUCUCAUCCACCUCUGUACAGGAUGACUCUACGUCAUGACUGUAGAUGUUUUAUUCAUUUUUUUGUUUUGUUUUUUUUUGUUUGUUUUUGUUUUGAAUAAUAAAUGAUGAGUUC